AACACAUAAUGUCAAAGGAUUCGUAUAUGGGAGAUAUAAAAUAUGCAUUGGACUCUCUACUCUCGUCGCCAAUAGCUCAAGGUUCGCCAGGUGGACAUGGAGUAACACAGAAAACAUUGGUUAGAAUGAAUAGUACUUGGCUGAUAGCAAUAGUUCUAGUUUUAGUACUUUGAUUUUCAAGAGCAGAACAGGAUUGUAAUACAUCCAAGGAUGGCUUUGGCUAUGAUGACUGAAUCAAAGAUAGAUACACCUUGGAGUUAGGGGCCUCAACUUUACAAAUUAGUGAUGCUUAUCAAGUUAAUUUUAACCUCUACUUGAUAUCCACAGAUGAGGCCAAAGCAACAACACUUUUUACAAGAUAUGAAGGCAAUACCUUCUCUUUAGAUUGGGCAUUUAAAGAGACUAAAUACUUUGAGACUCUUGCUGUAACACCUGAUGAACAAAUCUUAAUUGUAGCAGUUGAUGGUGAAGGAGCUAAUCAGAAUUUAUUGAUUCAUACUUACCAGCCUACCUCAACUGAACUUAAGCCCCUCAAAAUGAUAAACGGAUACAACAGUGAAUUUCCAAUGAGUAGACCUCACAUGGAGGUUUAUAACAACACAGCUGUUUAUCUCUACGCAAACACUAUCACUACAGGAAUAGACCUGAUUCGACUUGAUGUUGCAACUGGAACUGCUGAUAAAAGAAUAAGUUUUACGAGCAAUGCUUAUAUUUUUGGUCAAGUCAUUGUUGGGUCUUCAAAGCAUAAUGUUCUGAUAAUGUAUCAAGUAAUUGCCUCCAGAGAUAUCCGAUUUGGAGGAGUUAAUGUUAAUGAUAAUACUGUGUUUCAGAAUUCAGGCAUAAACUGACCAACUUCUGGAGAUACAUCUUGAGUUCUUGAUACAGCAUCUUCUAAAGCAGUUAAUGAUGAUGGAACUAUUGCCUAUAUUGUGAGUUCAUUUAAACCAACUGGAAUGUUCUUUUUGUCUCUUAAGUUUGAUGCACUGAAUGUUAUAAAUGGGAAUACCUUCAUUACUUCAGUAGAGGUUACUUCAAAUUAUCAUCUGACCUACAAUGGAGGAUUUGUGUACUUAAUUUUUGAAACACAAGUUGGAAAAUCUGUGUUUACAAAGUACAAUCCUUCAUCAGAUUCUUUUACUGAUGAAAUAUAUGAGUCAGAUAUCAAGUAUCGGCUCUCCUUUGCUGCAAACUCAAGGAUCGGUCAUGCCGGAGUCUCAGAACAAAAUUUGAUGUUUAGAUCAUGUUUUAAUGGCAAGCCUUCCUUUUCCAACCAUUACUAAU